GCUACCUUCAGUCCCAUUCAUCUCUGUAACGGUCCUCGAGAACUCCUUCCUCCAUCCACAUCCUCUCAAUAGCACCCUCCCCCCAACUGCUUACCGGACCACCAUUCGGAGAACAAACUCGGUAAGGCAUCAAAAAAAUGUCUCACUCUACUACUACCCCUACCACUACCCGCACUUUUAUCAUUACCCCGGACACCGCUUCGAUUUGCUCCCUCCCCUCAACCAUCUCGGUGGACUGGGAAGAAGAGAAGAGGGGAAACACAUAUCCUCCUGCUGCUACCGCUCCCGCAUCCGCCGAUCUCGAAAGGGGAGGGGAAGCUGCUACCAAACCUGGCUCGCUCAUUAUCCGCAAUGUACCUUCCCCCUUCCUGACGCCAAACUUUUGGAAACAUUGAGCUAAUGAUGGAAAUAAUAACAACAAUCAGCUCUUCAUAAUUGGAUUCUUGAUUCCGGUAGCUUGGAUGAUCGCCAUUUUUAAAGUCUUCAUCCUAGAUCGCAGCCACUCUUCUCCUCCCCCCACCCUCGCCACCCCUGCUGGUGGACGGACUGGGGCCGAAGCAAACAUCCCUUCUAGAGAAGAGAAGUACUGCGAAGGGCGGUAUUGGGCCUGCCUUUGCAUGGUCGGUGGGGUGGUUUACAUUGCCUGUGGGUUGACUGUUGCCUGGAUCUUGUGCGUGGAGAAGCAGCGUUUGGGCGUUUGAAUGUGGAAUUCGAAGGAAAGAAAGAGAAAUGCCUUCCGGGGCUUGCUUUGUUUUGUGGAUGGGUGGAGGUUUGCUUGGUGCUCCGUUUUUUUAUUUUUCCGAAGGGUUUUCGGAAUCUGUGCCUGGGAUUUACUCAGGUUUUUUUUCUCGCUGGUGGUGGGAUAGCAGGUGGAUGCACUCAUACCCCAGAUAGUUUUCUAAUGUUUUUAUAUCGUGUCUUUGCUGUUUUAUAGUUUGCAAUCAGGUCGUUGUGCCUUGUCUCUCAC